GCUUCGCGGCCCGAUUCAACUUCCGGCCAGAAAGCGGUCUGCGUUUCCUGUGUGAAGAGGCGGGCGAGCCAGUCCCGCGCAUAAGGUUUGUGCUUCGCAACCGUUAGACCUGGCCAGACGCUGAGGAUUGCAGUUACAGUAGUUUUGGGAGGGUCCAGGCAGGGCGCUGAGAGGAAUUGGCCGCGGGUGCAUCUCUGGACCACAUUUCCCAGAGGGCCCGGUGGCGCGUCGCUGUUCUCGCAUGAACGCGAACGUUUCGUCACGCCUGGCGGGACCGUUAGAUCCGUGAGUUCCUUCCUUCUCCAGGUACAGAAGAGAAGGAAAGAAUGCACAAUGAACUUCUACAAGCAAUGUCCAAGGCUGUUUGUGGCUCCUAUGAGGUUGCAGUGGGUAGGAAAGAGGAGGGGUCAAUGAUGUUCAGGGAUGUAUCUGUAAACUUCUCUCAGGAGGAAUGGGAAUGCCUGGACUCUGGUCAGAUGAAUUUAUACAAAGAAGUGAUGUUGGAGAAUUUCAGCAACCUGGUUUCAGUGGGACUUUCCAAUUCUAAGCCAGCUGUGAUUUCCUUAUUGGAAGAAGGAAAAGAGCCCUGGAUGGUUGAAAGAGAGCUGACAAGAGGCCUUUGUUCAGAUCUGGAAUCUAUGUGUGAGACCAAGAUAUUAUCCCUAAAGAAGAGACAUUUUAGUCAAGUAAUAUUUACCCAUGAAGACAUGCCCACUUUUAUUCAGCCCACAUUUCUUACUCCACGUCAGAAAACUGUUAAUGAAGAGAAACCCUGUGAAUGUAAGAUAUGUGGAAAGGCCUUUAAUCAGAACUCAAAAUUUAUUCAACAUCAGAGAACUCAUUCUGCUGAGAAAAGCUAUGAAUGUAAGGAGUGUGGGAAGUCCUUUAGCCGUGGUUCACUUGUUACUCGACAUCAGAGGAUUCACACUGGUGAAAAACCCUAUGAAUGUAAGGAAUGUGGCAAGGCUUUUAGUUGUAGUUCAUAUUUUUCUCAGCAUCAGAGGAUUCACACUGGUGAGAAACCCUAUGAAUGUAAGGAAUGUGGAAAAGCCUUUAAUUAUUGCUCAAACCUCAAUGAUCAUCAGAGAAUCCACACUGGUGAGAAACCCUAUGAAUGUAAAGUAUGUGGAAAAGCCUUUACUAAGAGUUCUCAACUUUUUCCACAUCUGAGAAUUCAUACUGGUGAGAAACCUUAUGAAUGUAAGGAAUGUGGGAAAGCCUUUACUCAACACUCAAGGCUUAUUCAGCAUCAGAGAAUGCAUACUGGUGAGAGACCUUAUGAAUGUAAGGAAUGUGGGAAGGCCUUUAGUAGUGCCUCAACACUUACUAACCAUCACAGAAUUCAUGCAGGCAAGAAACUCUAUGAAUGUAAGGAAUGUGGAAAGGCCUUUAUUCAAAGCUCAGAACUUAUUCAACAUCAGAGAAUCCAUACAGAUGAAAAACCUUAUGAAUGUAAUGAAUGUGGUAAGGCUUUUAAUAAAGGCUCAAACCUUACUAGACAUCAAAGAAUUCACACUGGUGAGAAACCCUAUGACUGUAAGGAAUGUGGAAAGGCCUUUGGAAGUCGCUCUGACCUUAUUCGUCAUGAAGGAAUUCAUACUGGGUGAAAGAUAAGCCCGGAUGAUAAUCUUUAUAAUAAAAUCUUAUAAACAGGUAAUGGAAAAAAAAUAAAGCAGUGUAGUAGUUUUUUAGGUUACUGUAACAAAGUACCAAGUACCCCAAAAUUGGGUGGCUUAAAACAACAGAAAUGUAUUCUUUCACAGUUUUGGAGCUUUGAAAUCCAAAAUUAAAGUUGUUGGUAAGGUUGGUUCCUUCUGAGGACUCUGAGGAAGAAUCUAUUCCAUGUCUUUCUCCUGACUUCUGGUAACAGCAAUCUUUGGCAUUCCUUGUCUUGUAAAUGCAUCAUUCCAAUGUCUGCCUCCAUCUUUACAUUGCAUUCUCCCUGCAUAUAUCUGUCUCUGUCUUGUGUAACAGGAGACUUACAAGGACAUCAGUCUUAUUGGAUUAGGGCUCACCCUAAUGACCUUAUCUUGAUUACAUCCACAAAGACCUUAUUUCCAUGUAGGAUCACAUUCACAGGUGCCAGAGGUUAGGGCUUCAACAUAUUUUAACCCAUAACACUGUUAACAUUGUUUUUCUAACAUAUUUGUAAUUUUCUUUUAUACAUAAUUUAUUGAAUAUAUUUCAAAAUGUAAAUUCAAGGUUUAAGUUAAACGUCCCUUCCUUCCAUAAAAGAUUCUGUCCCAAACUACUUCUUAAAUAAUUCUUUCCUCCCUGUUGUUUUAUGCUACUUCUUGGUUAUAUAUUUGAGUUGAGUUUAUGUUAGCUUAGUUUUAGAGCCAUCUUUUCUGUUGCUCUAACCCAUAGAUCUGUUUCUACCAAUACUAUACUGUAAGUUAUGUUACAUAGGCUAUCUUCUAAUUCCUGGCAGAAUUAUAACUUUGUUUUUGAAGGCACCUCUAUUCCUUUUUCCUUUUGAAACACUAAAGUGUUCAUGUUAUUAAAAAAACAAAAAAACAACCCCCCCCACACAAUGAAAAAAAUGGGUUAUUUGUAAGCCUCCCAAAAGGAAAUUACUACUUUCAAAUUAUACAGCAUAUCCUUCCAGACUUUAUUGUAAUCAUGAUGUGCAUGCUGACCCAUAACCUGCUUCUGUCAUGCUACUAUUUCAGUAAGUAUAGAUGUUUAUCAUUCUUUUUAAUGGUAUCAUAAUCUUUUCUGUGGUAGAUUAUCAUUUUGCUAAAUAUUACUGACAUACUUUAUGGUAUUCACUGAAAUUUUACAGUUAUAAAAGUUGCUGUCUAAAUA